UUUAAAGGGAGGGGCUGCUCUCGCGAAAAUGGCCGUUACACACGGGGUAGAUCGUCCGGGGGUGGACAAGUGACGGGUGGCUCAUCGUCCGUGUCCUCCGCACCGACCAAUUGACCGAGUGCCUCGCGACGAUUAACACGGUUUACCCGAUCGACGGCUAUUAUGCGGCGGUGGCUAAAAAGCGAUCCCUGCUCUGCUCUUCUUAAACCCCCACCAGACGCGCGACCUUCUAUCCCUUCCGUCAAGAGAUUAGGCCCACGCUUCAGCAAUGUACAUCAAAAAAGCUAAAUAGAAAAAGAGGAAGGGGAGCAUAAGGAAAACUGAGGAAGAUGCCUAGCUCCUAUACUGGAGUUGUAAUCCUCCUCUUGUUAGGGACUUCUGUGUCAGUAUCCGGUACCGCGGAUGCUGCCAAGUCUCUGAGAGCGGCAAAGGCUAGGCUCAGAUCGUCUUACGCAUCGUGGCGGAUAGUGGUAUGUUUAACUCAGCCUCAGACUCCUUUCAAGGCAGACGUACAGAAAGCAUGGGAGGAAGCGAGACUGGAGUCUUUUCAUGCGGACAUGGAUGUGUCAUAUAUAGAAACAAGGAUGACACCCAUGACAGAUUCCUUGUUAUAUCCCUUGUCAGUGUUAAACAAAUUUUGUACAGACAUCGAAGGCGGAAAGACAGUAUUAAGCCUUAUUAUAGGGGGAGGAUCGGCAGCCAGAUUUCUCGUUACAGCUGCUGCCGCCUUGAACCUUCCAGCUCUGUGGUUACCGUUUACGCACAGAGACUUUCUUCGCCAGGGAAAUCUUGGCCGGUUUGAGAACCGUAUAGGUUCGAGUCCCAAAGAAGUCGGAGCAGCAGCUGCCGCUUUAAUGCAUCGGGCUAAUUGGCAUGCGUUUACUCUCCUCAUUGAUACUACCCUCCUACCCGUCACCCAUCUUUUACAAACGAAUCCACCAACGUUGACACCUCGUGCAAUUAUACACCUUCCGACAAACGACAGAACUCUAAGAUUAAGGCUGAGGCGGGUAGCCGAAGAGAGUGGCAGUGGCGGAGUCGUAGUAAUGGCCUGCGACCUGAACAACGCCCGGAAGAUUCUUGGUGCAGCCGGCAAGUUCGAGAUGCUCUCGGGCAGAUUCUUGUGGCUCUGGCUAGAUCUUAAGGCGGAACUGCGACCGAACGAGCCCAACAUCAUCAGUUCGCAUCUUCUUCACAGUUCGCGUGUCGCCGUUGCAACCAACGAGAAUUUACCGCUGUUGGAGCGAACGAUAAAUCUCGCGUUAGACGAUAAGCGACUGCCCUCACUGAAUCCGCUGCCGAGUCUGGCCAACGAUAUACAUCGGUUGCAAGAGUAUAGAUGGCGAGAUGAAAAGAUCGUGACCAAGCGAGAGGAUAAAAGCUUCAAUUUUGAGGACGAAGAGGAGGUCGUGAGACUCCCAAGUGACAGGGAACUUAAUUCCAAGAGUUUCAUGCCGGUCGGUAUGCUUGCGCUCAGACCGUCUGGUAUCAAAAUCAUGGGCGGUGACACCAUACUGACUAGAAUGCUGAGAGAGACCUCGCAGGCUUUGGACGAGACUUUCUUGGAAACAAAGACGAGGCUGGGCCGUAUGCGCGAAGCGCAGAUCAAAGAACACUUUGUACCAGAAUGCUACUCGGAUCGUAAUGCUAAAUUCAUGAAGAGCGACGCGCGAGAAAAUGUAUCUGCAAUUUUGACGAGUAAGUUGAGGAAAUCCAUGGGACAAAUCUCCAAGGACAAGGCAGAAUUCCAAUUGCUGAAUUUGCAAGCCGUCAGGUUUCCCGGGAAUAAGACUCAAUUAAGGUGGACUAAGGUCGGCACUAUCAAGGGAGGCAGGGAAGUCCGUUUAGAUACCAUAAUCUGGCCGGGUGGCGGCAUCAUGCCGGCGUAUCUCGAACAGGGCGGCGAAAAGGUCGGGAUGCCGAUUUAUAGUAUCGUGACCGCGCAGGCAUCACCGUUCACUAUGAUUACGAAUUUACAAGAGGGUUUCUGUUUGCGCGGCCUCACCUGCCGGCAGGGUAAAACCGUGAUGUGCUGUUACGGCCUGAGUAUGGACCUGCUGUCUUUGGUGGCGCGCGAGCUUGGAUUUCGUUUUAAUCUAUAUCUAGCGGAGGACGGAUUGUUUGGCAAACGGAACAACCGGAACGGCACAUGGAACGGCGUGAUGGGUGAGCUGGUGUCUGGUCGGGCACAGCUGGCGUUUGCGGCCUUGAGUGUAUCUACCCAUCGUGCCAAAGUAGUGGAUUUCACCACGCCGUACUACUUCAGCGGCGUGAGUUUUCUCACGGCGCCGAAGCUACGUUCUGAGAUACCGCUAUUUGCGUUUCUGUUCCCGUUCAGCACGGAGCUGUGGAUCGCCGUAUUUACGUCGCUGAAUCUCACUGCGAUCGCCGUCGCUCUCUACGAAUGGUUUAGCCCAUUCGGCUUGAAUCCCUGGGGCAGGCAGCGCAGCAAGAACUUCUCCAUCGCCUCUGCGCUGUGGGUGAUGUGGGGGCUUCUGUGCGGCCACCUCGUGGCCUUCAAGGCGCCAAAGUCUUGGCCUAACAAGUUCCUUAUUAAUAUUUGGGGCGGCUUCUCCGUUAUCUUUGUGGCCUCGUACACGGCUAAUAUAGCUGCCCUUAUCGCCGGUCUCUUUUUUCAUUCUGCAGUGAGCAAUUAUCAUGAUAAAAGCUUGUUGUCACAAAGAGUUGGUGCACCGAGAGCUUCCGCGGCCGAAUAUUACGUGCAGAAAGCGAAUCCGGAAUUAUGGUCCCACAUGGCUCGAUAUUCUUUGUCGAAUGUCGCCGAAGGUGUGGAAAAAUUGAGAAACGGCACCCUGGAUAUCUUAAUCUCGGACACGCCGAUUCUGGAUUAUUACCGGGAGACCGACAACGGUUGCCGCUUGCAGAAAAUCGGCGAUACUAUCAACGAGGAUACUUACGCAAUCGCGCUUACGAGAGGACAUCCCUUGAAAGAAAGCAUAUCUAAAGUUAUAGCGAAUUAUACAAGCAACGGGUUGCUCGACAUUUUGCAAGAAAAAUGGUACGGCGAUCUACCUUGUCUGAGCGGUCGAGCAGGAAUGGACUUAGAUUUUGAUCCGGGUGGUCAACCCAGGCCACUGGGAGUUGCAUCUGUAGCUGGAGUAUUUUGCCUACUCGGGAUGGGUGUGGUACUUGGAUCCAUUAUAUUAGCGGGAGAACAUCUCUUCUACAAAUACACGCUGCCGCGAUUACGGCAUAGACCGGAGGAUUCCAUCUGGCGUAGCCGCAACGUCAUGUUCUUCUCGCAGAAGCUGUACAGGUUUAUCAACUGCGUGGAGUUGGUCUCGCCGCAUCAUGCCGCUCGCGAAUUGGUGCACACGGUGCGACAAGGCCAGAUCGCAUCGCUUUUCCAGAAGAGCGUUAAACGAAAGGAACAUGAACAACGUCGCAGACGUAAGAGCAAAGCACAGUUCUUUGAGAUGAUUCAGGAAAUUCGAAGAGUACAACAAGAAGAAAAGAUCGAGACGGUACCUGAGGAGAACGAUACCGCCAAGACUGCGAAAAAAGACGAGAAAUUGGGAAAAGGUAGAGAGAGGAGUCGCAGCAAGAGUCCGUUGAUGCCUCGAAGUCCUAAACGAUCGGAGAAGAGUAGAAGCUCGACGAACUUGUCGGCAUCUCGUCUAGGAUUGUCGCCGGUGAGUCUCGACGCGCCGAUGAAGCCGCGCGAGUUCACGCUCAGCAGCACUAAUUUGCGCGCGAGGAGUCCACUAGAGACGGUAGGCCGUAGAUUGAGCCACGGAGACGGCGGAUCGCCGCCACCGCGUCUUGCUAGCUUCGGCGGCAGUGCGACUCUGCGUCCGUUAGCACCUACUAGAAGCGAUUCGACCAGCGGUGGCACACCGACCAUUCGUCGUGACUCUGCCGCUGGGGGCGGCGGCGUGCCAACGCCGAGAUAUCCUCGCAGUCCGGCCAAGCGAGGCCAGUCCUUCCCGGUAUUCGCCACUUUGAGACCUCCACACUCGGCUGGCUACCAGUCCAGGAGCCCGCUAUUGUCGCCGAACAGCGAACUCACAUCCGCCAUCGGGAGAAAAUUAUCGCGCGAGUGGGGCUCCGGGACUAUUGACCUCACCAGGUCGUCGGAGGCUAUAGGCAGCGGUAGUGGCGGCGGUGGAGGUGGUAGUCGUGGUUCAACGUAUACCCUGAAUCAGGAAAUGACGCUUUCCUUGAGUCGUUCCGGCGAGGAGAAGACCCAGGAGGAAGCGUUGUCGAUCAAGAAGCCCAUACGACGCGCCAGGAGUCACGAGAAUCGCGACAGUAGUAAGCUAAUGGCAGAUCUGCCGUCGCCGAGAUUGACCCAGCCAGUGGUGGGCGGUCAGUUCGUGAGCGAGCGAACCAAGAAACAGCUGGAUUCCGAGCUGAAGGCCAUUCUAACUGCCAGGGCCCACCACCGCGACCUGCAUCCUCCUUGAUAGGAGACCGCCCCAUAUUAAGGGAGAGUUCUUGAAAGCAGUUCGGCUUUUGGAGGAUUGCUGAGCCUUUGAGGGGCUUUGGUUGAUUUUAAGCAAUAUCAGAUUUAUAGGUCAAUUUGUUAGAGGAAUCCGACAAUUUAUCAGAGAAAUUAAGAACUAGCCACAGGCACGGCGAUGCGAGUAAAUGGGAAGAAUUUUCUGCUGUUGAAGUGGAGGGGAGGGAUGAGAUAAAGAGGACGGAGAAAAGAUCUCUUUGAUUGUUCAUACGUUGUUACGUACAUUGAUAAUAUAGGAUAAACAAAAGUGCUAUAAACUCUAGUAGUGAUGUCUUAAAUAGGUAGCGAGACACAUACGAGUACUAAGAUAUUUUCUUGUUGACAUUUUAACUCUACAUUAACCGGCAGCCUGGGGUGAGUCUCUCUCGAUUGCUAUGGUACCAGAUAUUGUACGCUGCAGCGUUUCUCAACUCUGAUCUUCGACGAAUUCCGUCACGAUCUUAGUACGUAGUGGGUAGAGCUCUUUCAAAAAUUAUCUCAAAACCAGUUUAUGCAAAAAAAAAAUGACAUUCAUCAGGUCAGGUCUGUCCAAGUUUAUCGAGCGGGUCUCCAUCCGCAACCAUUCGCACCACUGACUCCCAGCGACGGCGAUCGAUUAGCCGUACACCAAGCGCACGAAUACAACGAACACGAUGAUUUAUGAAUGCAGCAUCGGGCAUCUAUUCCCAUUUAUUGUUUCUUUCUGGCGGUGACGAUGGAGAGACGGGGGCAUUUUGCUCGCGAAUAAAAACUCGGACAGGCCAUGCAUACUAGGAUAAUUCGUCCCUUCGGGGAGUGUAAAUAUCUCGAGACAUAGACUGUCGUUUCUUCGAUCUCUCGUCUGUACUGAAUAUUGUAAAUACGGCGGAACUCUUAUUCCAGAUACCUCGUCAUAGGCAAGGCGUAACGCGUAGCGAAAGUUGAGAAACGCUGAUCUACCGAACCUCGUCGAAUUGGACUGCAUACUGCCACUUUAAUAAUUUCUGUGACUGCGGAAGGAGAGAGACUCGCUCGAUGGACUCUCGGCGUAGAAUGACCACUUAACGCGAGAUAAUAUGUAUUAAAUCUUACAAUUAUCACGCAUAGGAAAGAAAGGAUUUGGAGGUCUGACGGAAUUCUAAUCGAGUUAACGUAUAUAUUCGCUGGUUAUUUGAUACCUGAAAUCGGACAAAUCGGACCCGGCAAGAGGACUGGGAGUGAAUACCUAAACUAAGAAGGAUUCUUUUUCGCAGCCACAACGUCGCGAAUCCUUCGUGACAUCGCAAUUAUCUCCUAAAGCAGUGCCAAACGUCAGUAUUAACUUCGUGACUCAGUAUUAACUUCGACUUUGUUUGCUUUAAUCCGACAUGAGAGAUGUGUAAUAGAAUGUAUAUUUUAGCUAGAUAAGCGCCGGGGUCCGGUAUUAUGCGAUAACUUUGCUCGUUCGUUCGCUGUGCGACUUGGUAAAUCUCUGACCUCGUGGUUGGCGAAUUUAUCGAUUUCUUCCGACGGUUUUACUAGACUGAUAGGCGAAAUUUUAUUCAGGAAUUGUAAAUGAAACAUUAUCGGAAUUGAAUAAUUGUUAUUGAUCGAUGUGCAUGUCUCCCAUCUUCGUCUAUCGAAUUCUUUCGAUUCACUUGAUGAAAAAGGGGGCGAACUCACGUCUAGUCUCAUUAUUAUUCAACUUAGAUAGUAGAACGUGGAUGUGCGUGGGACUAAAAAGAUUUAAAAAAGAAAAAGGAGGAAGACGAGAUUCGAUUUAAUUAAUUUAAAGAGAACGGGAAGAUUUAUAUGAGCGAGGCCUUAGAGGAGUAGUCGUAUCCGCCCAAAAAAAAAGAUACUUUACUUAAAACUAGUACUGUACUGUACUCGAAUAUUUCACUACAUUAUAUUGUACGAUAGAGUAUAAUAUAGACUUAUUUAGUUUCAUAGCUCUCCUCGGUAGAACGCUAUUGUAUUCAAAAAAUUUAAACUAAAUUCCUCGUCGAGUCCUUAGUGGGUAGGUCUCUCCGUGUGUGAGUGUACGUGCGACUAUUUUUCCCAGGAACGCGGCGGCGACGGUCGCCGACGGUCGAACGCGGACGAGCCGCCGUGGGAGCAGAUUAUACUUUUCCGGUAGAGCUAGAGCGUCAUUGUCCUCGUUAAGUAGGUCGUGGCUAGUAAUCCCGAGGGUGGUUCCUUCGGUCCUAUGUGCGUCAAUUCGACGCGACGCGAUGCGUUUUGCGUCGCGUCGCGUCGCGCCGGAGCCGCGCGUUCGAAAUCGAUGAAAGUGUCCUGAAUGAUUGCACCUACGAGGGGGUCACCGCACCCAGGGUUUGCGCUCAGCGAAACUCGCCAAGCGUUUUUACGAGCGCGUUAAACGAUUCCGCCGAUGACACACGCACACGCAUGCACGACACGCCGCGUCUCGCCUACGUUUACUAAGACACGUGGUGUCUUAUCACGUCAAACGCACCACCACUCAGCUCUCGCUCGCUUCUCUCAUCGACCCUUCAAAAACUUGCUCGUUUCCGUCAUAUCGCUGGGCUAAUUUGCCGAAGGAGAAGCUGAAGUCCGGUUCCACCGAUGUAAGAUUAACUUUAAUCUCGGUUCAAUUUAUUACUCGUUAUCUUGUUUUAAUUCUAA